AUGGAUACCAAGAACUGGGCCCAGGGCCUGUCCACACCAGCCCCACCAGCUGCUGGCUUCUCUCCCGGCCGGCGGGCAGGGGCCAAGGCUGGGGCAGGACCAGCAGCUCCGCGGGAGCUCAGGGCCACACUCACUGCCCAGUCUGGAGAACGGGUCCACGCCCCGUCCCGGAUGGUGACCGCAGGUCUCAAUGGGGAUGGCUCCGAGCAGGCACUGGGCAACGUCAACGGGCCCCAGAAGAAAGGCAGGGGCUCAGUAGAGAGAAGGAUCUGCCUCAGCCUCUCACGUGGGUGUCCCCCCUCCCCAGGCUACCAGACCCUCGGGGAGGAGUAUGUUGGGCUCAUCCAGGUGGACCCAUCCCGGAGCCAGGUGCCCUCAAGGCUGCGCCGUGGCCUGCUGGUCGCACUGCACACCGUCCUGCCCUACCUGCUGGACAAGGCCCUGCUCCACCUGGAGCACGAGCUGCAUAUCGAUGGCAAUGGUACCCGGCCGUCACAGGGCAGCCUGGCACCCAGCGUGCGAGGCCGGUCGGGAGCCAGGCGCUGGGUGCACCGGCAGGUGGCCACUCUGACAGAACAGCAAAGGAAGGUGCUGCUGAGGGCUGUCCUGGUGUUCAGGCAGGGCCUGGGCUAUCUCCAGCGGCUGCACAUCGCCUGGUUCUACAUACACGGCGCCUUCUACCACCUGGCCAAGAGGCUCACGGGAGUCACCUACCUCCGCAUCCACAACCUGCCUGCAGAGGACCUGAGGGCUCGUGCAAGCUACAGGCUGCUGGGGCUCAUCUCGCUGCUGCACCUGGCGCUGUCCGCGGGCCUGCAGCUCUAUGGCUUCCGGCAGAGGCAGCGUGCCCGGCGGGAGUGGAAGCUGCACCGUGGACUGUCUCACCGCAGGAGCCACACGGAAGAGAGAGCGGUGUCCAGAAACUCCCUGUGCACGCUGUGCCUGGAGGAGCGCAGGCACUCGACAGCCACACCCUGCGGCCACCUGUUCUGCUGGGAGUGCAUCACCCAGUGGUGUGACACCAAGACGGAGUGUCCCCUGUGCAGGGAGAAGUUCCUUCCCCAGAAGCUCGUCUACUUGCGGCACUUCCGGUGACCAGGGAUGGAGGAUCCCAGAGCCACCUGUCAGGAGAAACAAUUGAUUCUGAAGAUUAACUUUACUUGCACAGAAAUCAUGAAAUUCUCUAACUUUGUAUUUGUGUCACGUAAGAUCCUGUGCCAGCAGCUCAGGAUAGAAGCUGGAUGGCCGAUCCAAGGCCUCCAGGUCCAGGUUUGGGCGGGGGCUCCACCCAGCUGUUACCCCCGAGCCUGCGGACGUGAUGGGUGAUGGCGAGCUAUAGCCAGGGCCAGCAGUGGGCGCCCCACCCUCACCCUGCAUACAACGCAGCCACCUCUGGAGGAACUGUGGGAACCAGGUCUUAGGUUCCCUCCCUUCCGCGAACCACACAGCUGAGGACUGAUUCCAGAAACAGGCUGGGGCACUGUCCAUUUCUGCGAUGGGGAAAUGGGCCAGCAUCUGGUGGACAAUAAGGGUUUGGCCUAAAUGGGCAAGUCUUGAGUGAGCAGAGAUGUCCCUGCUUUUGGGGGUGCGGUCAGCCCGACAGCCCCACCACCUGCAGACCUCACCCACACCACAGCCCAGUGCUGAGUGCCCAGGCACAGCCACUCCCAGGAGUGGAAACCAGGGCGCUCCACCUACACCUGCGGUGCCCAGCACGUACUUUAAUGCACGUGCAUCUGUUGUGCAUUUAGAAAGUGCAAGUCUGCCCUGGUCCUUAGAUGCUGAGGGUCUCCUCCUGCCUGGGACACCUGGUGGGCAGAGCCAGCCUGCGUGAGUUCUGUUUUCCUCACAGCUAGGCCACAAACCACCUCUCAGAGGCGGGUGGGUGGGACAGCUGUCAUCUCUAUGUCCAGCCUACUUCCUGCCACAAAUUUUAUUUUUCAGGUUUUUAAAACGAUUUAACUUGUACCAGAAACAGGACUUUGCCAUAGGUGUUCUUAAGAAGCAAAUUCCACAGAGUGCUAGUGCGUUAAUGCCACAAGGCUGAUGUCGCCCUCACCAGGACCUCUGGUCUGCGUCACGUCCCUGCUGGGAGUGUGCAGCUCGGGCUUGUGGCAGAGACCUGUGCAGCCGUUCCUUGGAGUGUGACAGAGCAGCUGUCCAGCAGCAGAGACGGCUAUUCUCGGUAAUGAAGGUCACAGGCCACUGUGACCACAGGCCAGACUGAGCAGCAGCCCUCCAGAUGAGGAACGGCCCAGAGCAGGUGCUACCGGUCCCCACAUCCUUUCCUUCCCGCCAAGCCAGGCCUGAGCACUUACUAGGGAACCGUGUGAAAGGUGAAUCUGGAGCUGGAGCCUCUCAGCUGAGGCAAAACACAAGUGCCGACGCGGAAACCAUCCAGCGUGCAGCCACACACACCAGCAGGGACAAAGGUCUCAACUCGGCUUCUGAAAAGCAAGGGGAGCCCUGGUUGGGUGGCUCGGUUGGAGCAUCGGCCCAUGCACACACUGAAGGUUGUGGGUUCAAUUCC